AAUCUUUUGUUUUUUUAUUGUUUUUUGUUUCUGUGAUUCUAUAGGAUCUUGAUGUGAUUUCAAUAUAUUCCUCUGGAAAUCUGGUUUUGGGAAAACCUAUUUUACAUUUUUUUUAAUAUUUAUUAUUAGGAUAACUGGAUAAGAACAUGAGUAGGAUCUGAGCAAGUUUUUGGAUGGGUAGGGAACGCUACUUGUCUUCUUUCAAUCGUGGGUUUGAUGGGUCUCUGGCAAAUUAUUGAUAGACUGUGAUGCACUGAUUUCUGCGGGGUGUGAAGGUGAAACAAUGGAGAUAAAACCGAAAAAAUUCCUCACAGUGGCUCCUUUCGAGUGUGCCUGGCGGGAUGAUCUUCGAUUCAGGGAGGCUGGGAGAGGGUGUGUAGCUUUUGAUGCUUUUGCUCACAACGAUGUCACGGUUGUGUUCCGAGAGCACGUGGGUAGUCAACACUAUCACUACAAGAGGGACGAUAGUCCUCAUUAUACUGUGAUUAUUGGUAGCCAUAGGAAUAGGAGAUUGAAAAUCGAGGUAGAUGGGAGAACGGUGGUCGAUGUGGCUAGUGUUGAUCUUUGCUGUUCUUCGACGUUUCAGAGCUAUUGGAUCGGUAUCUAUGAUGGGUUGAUUAGUAUUGGGAAAGGAAGGUACCCGUUUCAGAAUCUUUGCUUGCAGUGGCAUGAUUCGAAACCGAAUUGCAGUGUCCAGUAUGUUGGUCUUAGUAGUUGGGACAAGCAUGUUGGCUACAGGAACGUUAAUGUUCUACCUAUUACGCAAAACCAUAUAUCUUUGUGGAAACAGGUAGAUUAUGUUGGGUGUGAUAGCGAGGAUGCUAAUACUGAGCUGGAGGAUAGAGCUGGGGAUUUCGAAGAUUGGGGUCUCGAAAAUUUUCUAGAGAGUUGGGAACUAUCUGAUGUGUUUUUCAUCGUUGGAAACGAGCAAAGGGCUGUCCCAGCUCAUAAGGUAAUAUUGGCAGCAGCCGGGGAUUUUGGCUUGUCUUCCUCUGGUGAAGUUAUUAACCUGCGGGAUGUUAGCUAUCCAGUUCUGCAUGCAUUUCUCGAGUAUAUCUACACUGGACAUACUCAGAUACCAGAGCCUGAAAUCAGUUUGCUGAAAGCUCUGAGCUUGAAGUUUGAAGUUGCACCAUUGGUAAAGCAAUGUGAAGAAAUCAUUGCACACAUUAGCCUUCACAAAAGAGACUUAGAUUCGGGUAAGAAUGUUGAAAUAUCAUAUGCAAGCUGGGUCCACAGCAGCAACGUCUUCCCUUAUGGGCUACCUAUCAAUAAAUGGAGGCUUGAAGAAAUUUUCUUGACUGGCAAGUACAGUGAUCUAGUCAUUUAUGUUGGGGACCUUAUUGUGCCAUCACAUAAGGUUAUACUUGGUUUGUGGAGUGUUCCUUUUACAAAGAUGUUCACUAAUGGAAUGAAGGAAAGUUUUGCUUCAACUGUCGUCUUAAGAGAUGUCCAUUUCGAACCAUUUCAAACUAUGCUUGAAUUCAUUUACACUGGGAAACUAAAGAAAGAAGUCACCGGGGACAUUAAUACACUGUUACUCCAGCUGCUUCUACUGGCAGAUAAGUUCGGGAUCUCUCUUCUUCACCAGGAAUGCUGCAAAACAAUUCUCGAGCACCUCUCAGAGGACACACUGUGCCCAAUUCUUCAAGUGAUAGCGUCCGUUCCCUCGUGUAAACUCAUCGAAGAAACAUGCGAGAGGGAAUUCUCUAUGCACUUUGAUUAUUGUACAACAACAAGCACUGACUUUGUCAUGCUGGACGAAGCAACAUUUAGUGUUAUCCUCCAGCACCCAGAGCUGACUGUGACGUCUGAGGAAAAAGUUCUGAACGCAAUUUUACUCUGGUGCUUGCAAGCAGAAGAAUAUUUUGGAUGGGAAAGAAUAGAUGAAAUGAUGAUGAAUUCAACUCCGGAACUACUUUUUGGGGAGAGGCUUACAUCUCUUAAUAUGUUUUUGCAUUUUGUGCGUUUUCCAUUGCUUCCAUCUGCUUUGUUGGAAAAGUUGGAGCGAAGUCAACUUAGCCAGACAAUUCCUACUUUUGAUCAACUGGUGAAAGAAGCCAUCAAUUUUCUAGAGUUUGGGAGCACGUGUCUUGAUAAAAGCCAAAGUAAUUUAUAUUGCAGUGUGAAGUUUCAGCAUAGAAGAUCUAGUUUUAAGGAGCUCCAAUACAUAUGCGAUGGGGACAGCAAUGGAGUUCUUUAUUUUGCGGGCACAUCUUAUGGUGCACACCAGUGGGUAAACCCCGUUCUGUCUAAGAGAGUAGCCGUUACAGCAAGCAGUCCCUUUUCAAGAUUUACUGAUCCUAAGGUCCUCGUCUCGAGGAACUUUCAGGGUACAUCUUUUGCCGGACCUCAAGUUGAAGAUGGAAACAUCAGUUCAUGGUGGAUGAUUGAUCUCGGUUAUGAUCACCAGCUCAUGUGCAACUAUUACACAAUACGGCAGGAUGGAUCGAGGGCCUUCAUGAGAAGCUGGAAUUUUCAGGGAUCUACAGAUGGCGUGAAUUGGACGAACUUGAGAGUGCACAAGGAUGACCAGACAAUUUGCAAGCCAGGACAGUUCGCGUCAUGGCCUAUUACUGGCCCGAACCCUCUGCUCCCUUUCAGAUUUUUCCGAAUCGUGAUGACGGGUCCUGGCACAGACGAGAUGAACCCGUGGAACUGCUGCAUCUGCGUCUUGGAACUCUAUGGAUAUUUCCGCUAAUGCUCCAAAGCUGGUUAGUCAUUUCGUAGCUCCUCAUUUGCAGGAUUAUUGGGCUGGCAAACAAUAAGACGUGUGUUUGGAACAUUAACAACAUCUGGUUUGCAUUGUAUCUGUUCUUGCUAGUUUGUGGUGUUGUGUCUUCUGGCCAACUUUGUGUCAAUGCUAGAAGAAAAAUACACCAACAAAUUUCGUGCCUUCCCAAGUAAUAAUUUUUCUUUUGAAUGAACUUUGCAUUGUGGAUUGAUUGUAACAUGUUUGGGCUCUAGAUUUUGCGCAUCUUCAUAUUAUUCU